GCGCGAAAGUUUUGUAACAGUAAUGGCGUCCAAAGCAGGUCGUCGAGGGACGAAGCGCAAAGCGGAGGUUCAGGUAGAGGAGGAGAAGCCAUCCGUGGAGGAGAAGAAGGAAAAAGGAGACGGGGAGGACGGCCAGGAAGGCCAGAGGGUGGUCAUUGAACACUGUAAGAGCUGACGAGUGUAUGGGCGUAAUGCCGAGGAGGUGAAAUCUGCCCUCCUGGCUGCCCACCCUGGACUGACUGUGGUCCUCAACCCUGACAAACCCCGCAGGAACAGCUUCGAGAUCACUCUGCUGAAUGGAGGCAAAGAAACAUCUCUGUGGACUGGAAUAAAGAAGGGUCCGCCUCGCAAGCUGAAGUUUCCUCAACCUGAUGUUGUAGUUACUGCCCUAAAGGAGGCUCUGAAGGCUGAGUAGAUGCCCGUGAAGCCAAAAGUUCUGGAGAUGUGACUCGCGGAAGCAGAAUGACGGGGAGUGACCAAGGAGAUGUUCUCAGUCCCUCCUCUGACGACUCCAAGCUCCAGCAGCUCACGUCCUCCAGAUACAUGGUGACACCUAGUGGAGUCUCUCUGAGCCAACACUUUUCUCAAACUCACAGUCUUUCCGUUUGUUUUUAUUGCUGUUUUCCCCCUAUUGCUCCAUAGUUACUGUACUUUUAUGUCUGUUUUUGUUAAAUAAAGUAUUUCUUGU